UGUUAUUAAGCCUUCUCUUAUAUUUUCUCUUUCCUUCUCUCUUCCUUCCUCGCGUUGUACUUGCUUCAUCCCUUUAUCCUCAUCAUUCUCCGCCAAAAUUUCGCUACUUUCCUCGCGAUCCAUUCUAAUUUCACGCGCUUUUUUCACUUGCUUCAUUUUGGGUUCGGAAACCUGGGAAAGGUCGCGUGAUUUUCAUGAUAACGAGGAUUAAGUUGCAUCAACCAAUUUCUAUGAUAUGGAUCAGAUGAGUCAACAAGGGCAGGGCUAUUUCCAUUCUGAAAGUAUCAAUUUUAGAGGCGCCAAUGUUUCUCGGCCUAAUAUCUGCACGGUGGUGACGGCUUCAGGGAAUGCAACUAAUCCUGAUUCCCAUUAUUUACUAGAUGCUUAUGACAAUGGUAUGUUGUAUGGCAUGACACAAUACACUGGAAUUCAGCAUCAACCUGAUCUUCAUAUGGGUGUUCCAGCUUCUGCCAACUUGUACUAUUCUGGCAUGAAUCCUUCAACUAGUACUGCCGUGUCUCAAAAUCAUGGAGCCUCUGGCCAGUUGUCAGGUUCAAGCACAUUUGCGGUCAAUGGAGCAUACAAAUGGAAAAAUGAUGAAGGGAUGAGAGGAAACUAUCAACAUUUCAAUGCCUCGGCUAGUUCUUCGGCUGCUCCACCUAAUGCAAGACAUGCCGAAAAUGGCAUCCCUUCGCUACCGCAUUGUAGUUCGUGGAGCAGAUCGGGGGAGUCUAUGAUGGUGCAUAACCAUAACCAUUUGAUUCAAGGAAACUAUUUAGGCCAGCACUUUCAACCAGUUGCUUCUCCAUGGACCGACCAACAAUUGAAUAGCAAUACUAAUGAUGGUCGUGCUUUGGCUUGGCAUCAGUCUCUUCCAAUGCCCUAUGUACAAGCUCCCAGUGCUAAUGGAAGUUCAUCAGAGAAUGCAAGAAUGGGUUUGCAGAGAUAUCAUGAUACAGCUGCCAGCAGAAGUGGCCUCAGAUUUCCCCAUCCUCCUCCUGCCAAUGCACAGUACCAUAACUUUCAUCACCAAACACAGUCUGCGCAAGAGAUUAGAGGUCACUCUGUCAACUUUCACCCUUCAGUAACUGCACCUUCAUACAGAGUUCAAGCAAAUCCUUCGCGUAGUUCUUCAAUCCUUGUGCAAAACGCUUUGGAGAUAGGUGCUAGGCAUGCUGGCCCUGUGCCAGUUGCAGGUGCACGUAUACACCGACCUCAUAGAGGCAACAUGCAUGAGACAACUCUUAGACAUCGGAAUCUUCCUCCCGUGGCCUUUUUCCAAGUUGAUGAUGUUGCUUUACUAGUUGACCACCAUAGAGAUAUGCGCUUGGACAUUGAGGAUAUGUCUUAUGAGGAGCUUCUUGCAUUAGGUGAGAGGAUUGGCAAUGUAAACACGGGUUUGUCAGAGGAAAUGAUUACAAUUCAAAUGAAGACAAGAACUUAUUUGCUACCUACUAAUGCUAUUAACUUGGAGGAGGCACCAUCUGAUGAACAAGAAACUGAUUCUUGCACAAUAUGCCAGGAUGAAUAUAAGAAUCAAGAGAAGAUUGGAAUUCUUCAAUGCGGGCACGAAUAUCAUGAAGAUUGUUUAAGGAAAUGGUUACUUGUGAAAAAUGUCUGCCCCAUAUGCAAAUCAGAAGCAUUGACACAUGGAGAGAAGUGUGAAUGAAAAACAAUGAAAUUGACAUAUCUCUCUGUUGCUUGAUGCUAACUUCUAAGCCACUAAAUUUUUCUAAAGAAUUCAUAUUAUGUAUAUGAAUAUGAACUAGCACAUAUAGACAGUUGUGUUGUCCAACUCAUUUAUUUGUUGGCAUCAGAACAUUGUACCUAUGAAGUUGUACAGACUUAUGUUGAUAUAUUAACUUUAGGCAAUUACUUUGUUCCUAUAUUUUUUAAUUUUCAUUUUUUAUUUGGAUGGUUGAA